CUUCAUUCGCUCACUUGCUCGGUUCUGAGAUGAGUAUGACGGUCUCCCAGAGCGCGGAUAAAGGUCCGCUGGUCGAUGCCGAGGGCUCUUCCUCCCCCUCCAGAGAUGGCUCGGAGAGGCCCGACGGCCAGUCGCCAUCGCCAUCGCCAUCGCCAUCGCAGUCGCCCUCCCAGGCCUCACCGUCUGCCGACGCCGACGACAACGCCAAUGGGGCCCUGGAGAAAUCCCCCACGGGUCCCCCGCUGGACCGCGUGCCUUCGCAGGCGCAGAAGCUGGGGAAGAAAAAGAUCAUCGUGGUGAUGACCGCGCUGUGUCUGGUAUUAUUCCUGGCCGCUCUAGACAUGACAAUCGUCUCAACCGCCCUCCCCACCAUCGCCACCCACUUCCACGCCUCGGAGAGUGGAUACUCAUGGAUCGCCUCGUCCUACAUGCUGGCCAACGCCGCCUGCGUGCCCCUCUGGGGCAAGAUCAGUGAUGUCUGGGGCCGCAAGCGCAUGAUCCUCAUCGCCAACUUCUUGUUCCUGGUCGGCAGUCUCGUCUGCGCUCUUGCGAUUAACCUGCCCAUGAUCAUUGCGGGGAGAGCGGUCCAGGGUGCCGGUGGUGGUGGGAUCAUUGUGUUGGCGAAUAUCUGUGUCUCGGAUUUGUUCAGUGUUAGAGACCGUCCGAUGUACUACGGCCUGUUUGGCUCGACGUGGGCUAUUGCUGGUGCGCUGGGGCCGAUUGUUGGUGGCGCGUUCACUACGGAUGUUACAUGGCGGUGGUGCUUCUAUCUCAACCUCCCCAUCGGCGGCAUCUCCCUGGUGAUCCUCAUCUUCUUCCUCAAAAUCGAAUCCAGCCAAGUGCCCUUCCUGGCGGGCAUCCGGUCGAUCGACUGGCUGGGCAACUUCCUCAUGAUCGGGGGAACGCUGAUGUUCCUCUUCGGCCUCGAAUUCGGCGGCGUCAACUACCCCUGGUCCUCCCCGACCGUCAUCUGCCUGAUCAUCUUCGGGAUCUUCACCUGGGCCCUGGCCUUCCUCAACGAAUGGAAACUGGCGCGCUACCCAGUCAUCCCCAUCCGGCUAUUCCAAAACACGCACAACGUGCUGAUGCUCCUCAUCUGCUUCUGCCACAGCUUCGUCUUCAUCUCCGGCUCCUACUACCUCCCCCUCUACUUCCAAACCGUGCUCCUGGCCACCCCCAUCAUGAGCGGCGUGUACGUCCUCCCCACGGUCCUCAGCCUCUCCAUCUUCUCCGCCUUCACCGGCAUCGUGAUCAAAAAAACCGGCCGAUACCGCGAACUCAUCAUCGCGGGUCUGUUCCUCAUGACCCUCGGCUACGGCCUCUUCAUCAACCUCCAACCCACCGCCUCCUGGCCCCGCAUCAUCAUCUACCAGAUCAUCGCCGGCAUCGGCACCGGCCCCAUCUUCCAGGCCCCUCUCGUCGCCCUCCAAGCCAACAUCCAUGUCUCCGACAUGGCCUCCGGCACCGCCACCUUUUCCUUCCUCCGCCAGGUCUCCGCCGCCAUCUCCAUCGUCCUCGGCACAGUUAUCUACCAGAACGUCUUCCAUCAGCAGAUGCCCACCGUCACCGCCGCCAUCGGCGCCACAGACGCCGACGCAAUCGAAUCCUCGUUCUCCGGCUCCGAGGGGGAUCUCAUUCGCUCGCUGCCCGAGAGUGAGAGGAGGGUCGUCCUGGAUGCGUAUACCUUUGCGCUGAGUCGCAUGUGGAUCUUUUAUACGGCCAUGGCUGGGUUGGCGCUUUUUGUCAGCUUUUUUAUUAAGCCGGUCGUGUUGAGUAAGGCGCAUGUUAUUAAGAAGACUGGGUUGGAGGAGCAGGAGAGGGCAAGGUUGGAGGUUUUGAGGGAUAGAGAGGGGCAGGCGAGGGAGAAGGAGGGAGAGGUGGUUUAA